CGCCGUCUCCGUCCUCGCGUCCGCUCGCUCCCAUCCUCAUUCCCCAGUCGCCGCCCAAGUCAAAAAGAGGGGGAAGCAUCUCCACCAGAGUCCCCAGCCCAUCAACGACUAGUCGCUGCGGGGCACCAACCCUAGAGCCCAACCCUACUCUCCCCCCCUCUCUGGCUCCUCCCCCUCGCGAGCGGCGACGAAGAAGCCAUGGACACCUCCGGCGGCGGCGGCGGCGCCGCGGGCGGGGCCGCGCAGAUCCAGGGGAUGGCGACGCACGGCGGCCGCUACGUGCUCUACAACGUCUACGGCAACCUCUUCGAGGUCGCCUCCAAGUACGCCCCUCCCAUCCGCCCCAUCGGCCGAGGCGCCUACGGCAUUGUCUGCGCGGCUGUUAGCUCGGAUACAGGAGAGGAGGUUGCGAUCAAGAAGAUUGGAAAUGCGUUUGACAACCACAUCGACGCCAAACGGACGCUUAGAGAAAUAAAGCUUCUUCGCCACAUGGACCAUGAGAAUAUUCUUGCCAUGAAGGAUUUAAUACGCCCCCCAAGAAGAGAUGAUUUUAAGGAUGUGUACAUUGUUACUGAGUUGAUGGACACUGAUCUCCAUCAGAUCAUUCGCUCAAAUCAAUCAUUGACUGAUGACCAUUGCCAGUACUUCUUGUAUCAAUUGCUUCGAGGGCUAAAAUAUGUGCACUCAGCAAAUGUCUUGCACCGUGAUCUGAAGCCAAGCAAUUUGUUCCUAAACGCAAAUUGCGAUCUCAAGAUUGCUGACUUUGGGCUUGCAAGGACCACUUCAGAAACUGAUCUCAUGACAGAGUAUGUGGUCACUCGUUGGUACCGAGCGCCAGAGUUGCUGUUGAACUGUUCACAAUAUACUGCUGCUAUUGAUGUCUGGUCAGUUGGGUGCAUACUUGGUGAAAUUAUUACUCGUCAACCCCUGUUUCCUGGAAGAGAUUACAUCCAACAGUUAAAGUUAAUCACCGAGCUGAUAGGAUCACCAGAUGAUUCAAGCCUGGGAUUUCUUCGGAGUGAUAAUGCACGAAGAUACAUGAAGCAAUUACCACAGUACCCAAGGCAGGACUUCCGCCUGCGCUUCCGCAACAUGUCUGAUGGUGCAGUUGAUCUGUUAGAGAGGAUGCUGGUGUUUGACCCAAGCAGACGCAUUACUGUUGAUGAGGCUCUGCAUCACCCAUACUUGGCUUCUCUUCAUGACAUCAAUGAAGAACCCACUUGCCCGGCACCUUUCAGCUUUGAUUUUGAGCAACCAUCUUUUACAGAAGAACAUAUGAAAGAGCUCAUCUGGAGGGAAACUUUAGCAUUUAACCCUGAUCCGCCCUACUAAGAGCCAAGAUUGUUUCCAGGCAUUCAAGUUAAUUCAUGUUGUUUUCCUUGGGAGCACAGACCAAAUUACCAGCUGAGGGCAUUGAAGAUCUACCUCUAGCUCUAGUGAAGCCGAUAUUUCCAUGUCUUGUGCAUCUAUUUAUUUUAUGCUCGCUUAUUGGGCGAAUGGGCAUGGAUUAUUUGUUGCUGUAACUAUUUCUUUUGUGGCCUUUCUGAAGAAACGACAUUUGUAUGAGAUGGCUUGUAUUAUACCGGUUGAUUGAAUAAACUGGUCUUGUGUAUCUAAAGCUUGUAAUUUUGUGUACACUUAUCUAAACAUCCCAUGUAUAUCUGAGUUAACAUAUUCCCUUUUAUUAUCUCAAGCAUGUAAUUUGGCAUUU